UAUAAUGUAUGGAUAUGAAUGAUAAAUAAUUAGUAGAAAUUGUAGGAAAUAUUACAAUAUUCGGAUUGUUUUAUUCGUCAUUCUGUGUGGUGGAGAGGGUAAAAUGUCUGACGGUGAGUUUGCAUUCUACACAUAAUGAUAACCUGUUAUGAAGUUCGAAUAUAUUUAGGAAUAUGUUGUUUUUUCUUAGAAGAGGUAAUACGUCGGAGAUUACUCAUAGAUGGAGAUGGAACUGGGGAUGAUCGUAGAAUUAACAUGCUUCUGAAAUCGUUUAUAAAAUGGGUGAAUAAUCCUGAUGUGGAUAACACGCUGCACGAAAGGAUGUUAUCACAACUUGCUCAGUGUGAAUUUGCACAAAAGAAAUCCAGACUGGUCUCAAAUAUGAGCCAAGAUGAAUUGAAGAGCUAUGAGAAGUUGUCAAAAGAAAUAGAGAUUCAGAUAGAAGAAGCCAAAAAGGAUAUAGAAAGAACAAAGGCAGAAUUGCAGGAAGCAAAGCGUGUAAGAAAAAACAGAAUAGAGUACGAUGUAUUAGCAAAAGUUAUAAAUGAGCAACCAGAUAGGGUAGAAACAAAUUUAAAACUUGCUACAUUACGUGAAGAAUUAGGCAGAUUAAAGGAGAAGUCUGAGCAAUUAGAACACAAAUUGGAAAUGAGACGUAAACAAUUCCAUGUUUUAAUAUCUUCUAUACAUUCAUUGCAAGGAAUGUUGGAUGAAUGUGAUGAAGAAAUAAUGGAUGUAAGUCUGGAGAACUAUGAAGACACUAACAACCCAUCAGUGCCUUCUAAAUCUGAAGAAUCCUGAUGUAAUGAUGUAUUGUGUAUACAAAAAUGUGUCUGAAUUUAAACUUUUUAUACAUAUGUUUACCAACUUGCAUUGUCCUUUCAACUACUUCAUACAAUGUUGCUACUUUCAAAAAUCUUGUACAAUAAAAGAAGAGAAUUAUUAACCGCAAAUAUCAUGCAUACAAGUAUAUAUGUAUAGGUAAG